UUGAUGAAAUGUUUGAUGAUGAUGAUGAUGAUGAUAUGUGUGAUGGUGAUAUGUUUGAUGAUGAUGAUGAUAUUGAUGAUGAUAAUGAGGACGAGGAUGACGAUGAAGGUUGUGAUGAUGAAGAAGACGACGAUGAUAUUGAUGAAUGUGACGAAGGUGAUGUCAAUGAUUGUAAUAAUGAUGACAACGAUGGUGUUGGUGAUGAUAAUAAUGAUGACAAUGGCAAAGAUGAUAAUUUUUCUGGUGGUUUGUAAUGAUGCGAAUUGAUAAUAAUUUUGUGUGUCCGACAGA